UUCUCUCUUUGUUGGUCAUAUCUUCCAAGCCGCCUUUGAAAAUGUCGUUGAACCUCCUGAAAGAAACCCUCCUCCGUUCUGCCUCCACCUCCACCUCCGUCUCCACCUCCAGCUCCGGUGACUUUUUCACCGGAGAUUCUGCCAUCGCUACCACCUCCGCUUUGCUUCCACCUACUUCGUUAUCCUCCUCGACUGAUAACCUUACGUCAAGGAAGCCCCCUAAAUCUUCCCUUUCGCAGCAGUUACAGCGACUCGAUUUCGCCUCAUUCUCUCCCGAAGAAAACCCUUCGAUCAAAACACAUCGAAGCAUUGUUGAAGGAGGCGUCCGUAUUGCCGAACGAGGAGGAGGAGACGUGGAAGACGAUGAAGAGGAAGGGGAUGGGGAAGAUACUACGAUAGUUGGUUGUGACGGUGCUGUUUCACAGCGAUUCGAUUUAGGUGACAGAGGCCCAUUUGAACCUCUGAUUCUCUCGUCUCCCGGGGAAUCUCCGGUUGUUCAGGUUCCUGCAUCAAUUAAUUGUAGGCUCCUUGAACAUCAAAGGGAGGGUGUGAAGUUUUUAUAUGGUUUGUACAAGAACGACCAUGGAGGUGUUCUCGGAGAUGAUAUGGGACUUGGGAAAACCAUUCAGACCAUUGCAUUUCUGUCUGCUGUGCUCGGAAAAGAUCAGGCAAGUCAAGACUGUCAUAUUGAUGGCAAUAAGGGUCCUGUCUUGAUUCUCUGUCCCACUUCUGUUCUCCGCAACUGGGAAAAUGAACUAUCUGAAUGGGGCAACAUUCGUGUUGCUGUUUAUCAUGGGCCAAAUCGUGAUUUAAUUAUUGAAAAACUAGUUGUUCAUACUGUGGAGAUAGUUUUAACUAGUUUUGACACAUUUCGAAAUCAAGAUCAAAUUCUAACUGGGAUUCAGUGGGAAAUUGUUGUUGUUGAUGAAGCACAUCGUUUAAAGAAUGAAAAGUCUCAGUUUUAUAAAUCAUGCUUAGGAAUCAAAACUAGCAGGCGAUACGGUCUCACCGGAACUAUAAUGCAGAACAAGAUUCUCGAGUUGUUCAAUUUAUUUGAUUGGUUUUUGCCUGGUUCUCUGGGAACCAGAGAACAUUUUAGAGAGUUUUAUGAUGAGCCUUUAAAGCACGGGCAAAGAUUAAGUGCUCCUCAAAGAUUCAUUCGAAUUGCUGAUGAGCGCAAACAACACCUUGUUACGGUAUUGCAUAAAUACCUUUUAAGAAGGACCAAAGAAGAGACCAUUGGGCAUCUUAUGUUAGGGAAGCAAGACAAUGUUGUUUUUUGCGCAAUGAGUGAUUUGCAAAAACGAGUUUACAAAAGAAUGCUGGAGCUGCCUGAGAUCCAAUGCCUUGUAAACAAGGAUCUCCCUUGUAGUUGUGGGAGCCCAUUGACUCAAGUUGAAUGCUGCAAAAGAAUUGUUCCUGAUGGUAUUAUUUGGUCUUAUCUUCAUAGGGAUAACCCUGAAGGUUGCGACUCAUGCCCUUUUUGUCUUGUUCUUCCUUGCCUAAUUAAACUGCAGCAGAUAAGCAAUCACCUUGAGUUAAUAAAGCCUAACUCUAAGGAUGAAGUAGAUAAACAAAAGAAGGAUGCUGAGCUAGCCUCUGCUGUUUUUGGUGCUGAUAUUGGCUUGGUUGGAGGCAAUGCUCAGACUGAAAAUUUCUUGGGACUUAGUGAUGCGGAACAUUGCGGAAAAAUGCAAGCACUAGAGAAGCUAAUGUUUCAUUGGCUCAGGUCCGGCGACAAGAUACUUCUCUUCAGCUACUCUGUCAGGAUGCUUGACAUUCUUGAGAAGUUCCUUAUAAGGAAAGGCUACUGCUUCUCUAGAUUAGAUGGUUCAACCCCAAUGAGCUUACGACAAUCAUUGGUUGAUGAAUUUAACACGAGUCCAAGCAAACAGGUGUUCCUUAUAUCCACCCGAGCAGGCGGUUUAGGCCUCAAUCUCGUUAGUGCAAAUAGAGUUGUGAUUUUCGAUCCGAAUUGGAAUCCCGCACAAGACUUACAGGCUCAAGAUAGAUCUUUUCGUUAUGGACAGAAGCGGCAUGUUGUUGUAUUUCGCCUUCUCGCAGCAGGUUCCCUUGAAGAACUUGUUUAUACCAGACAGAUUUAUAAGCAACAACUUUCAAAUAUUGCAGUUUCAGGAAAGGUGGAAAAGCGUUAUUUUGAAGGUGUUCAGGACUGCAAAGAAUUCAAAGGUGAGCUCUUUGGAAUCUGCAACUUAUUUCGUGAUCUAUCUGAUAAGCUUUUUACAAGCGAGAUCAUCGAAAUGCAUGCAAAAAAUGGAAAGAAAUGUGAUGUCUCCUAUGGCUCAGAGGAAGUUAUGGAAACUGAGAGUAGAAUGGUAACAAAAUGCUCAUUAGUGAAUCUGGAAGUUGAUGAUGCAUCUUUGGGUAAGAAAGGAAAUCAUGAUUCGGGCUCAGAUAAUUAUUCUGAAGGCCUUACUACAGCUGAACCAGCACAAUCGUUUAAUGAUUUGGGUAUCCUUUAUGCUCAUCGAAACGAAGAUAUUGUCAACAUGGGGCCUCACUAUCAUGGGAACCCAGAUUCAAUUACUGCAGAUGAACAAAAUAUUUCUAAGUUAUUGUUUAAACAACAUGUGGUGAAAUCCUGUACAAGAGAACAGAAAAGGGAUGAGUUCGGGAAAAUUGCGCAAUACAAGGGAAUGGAGCUCUUGCAGUUCUGUAAGUGGAUACUAUCUGCAGCACCUACUGAGCUGAAACAAUUGCUCAAAGAUUACCAGAAGAGAAAAAGGAAGCGGAAGUUGGUAAAUUGAAUUUUGCAGAACAGCAGUUUCUGAAGGUAAUUUUCUUCAUAGAAUUUUGUAUUUAAGGAUUAGUUUUACAAUUCAGGAAUAAAAUGUGGUAUUUUGAUUAUUUAGUUAGGGUUUCUGCAGGAUUUUUUUGUACAGCAUAAAUGUUCUAUGUUUAUAAUUUAAGAAGA